AUGGUUCCAACUAUUCAGGAACAGCGGAAUAUCAAUCUCACGAUAUCGGAGCCCUCACAGUCUACUGGGAUAGACCCUGUAUUCUUGGAUGAUACUUCAUAUGAAAACCAUCAGACAUCUCUGGACCCCAACGCUCCACUAUCUGAUACAUGGCCACCCUUCGAUUUGGAGGGUAUGCAAUUUACAGAGGAUACAAUAACAGAUGAAAUUUGGUCUUAUCCAACUAAGAUAACUGGGAGCCCGUUGUCAUGGAAUGGAGAUAUAACACAUCUUCUAGAGUUUGAACCAAUUCAAUCUCUCCCGAUCGGGUCUACUCCAACUUUCGACCAAUCUGUUUCAAAACGUCUCGAUCCCAUCCAACACACCGAAAACAAAUCAAGUCCAUCCACAGUGAGCGGCCAAUCACAUCCCUCUUCUUUAGAAAGAGUAUGGCUCGAUAGUUCCAACGAAGAGGAGCGUUCAAUGUCCGCAAACCUGGAUAAUAGGCUUUCCAGCCCCUCCCACCUCAUCUUCGGGCACACAUUCAUGGUCGAUCUGAGACACCAGAUCAGCACUGAUGCAAACAGUCUAUGCCAGGAGAUACUCAAGCAUCUGCGGGAAUAUCCCAGUCUCAUUCUCAACCGGGACUUCUGGUCCCCCUUCGUCCACCACAGAUUAUACCGCUGUUCCUUGGGUAGAAUGGCACCACCAAUGGCAGACGCCUUAGCUUGUGUAGGUGCCUAUGCAAGCACAGCAGGGUCAGAUUCUGGGUUUGUGGAUCGGAUGAUAUCCGAAGAGCGGGAGAAGCUUGUGCGAAAUUUUCACAGCUAUACCGAUACCCCGGAGUUCUGCCUGGCUACUAUGCAUGCUGUAUGCAUUUAUCAGAUUAUGGGACUGUUCGGUGCCAGCUUUUUACCAGCUGCAGUUAAGAAGCCAAUAUUUAGCAAUGGAAGCGAGGAGCGACGACAGGAGUUUGAGAGAUCCGCCGAACUCUAUAGCUCAUUCUUGUUGAAGAUGACCCGACGACUAUCGAGCGUCCAUUCAAAGGCCCUUCAAAUCCACCAUGAGGAUGAAAACGACUGGAACCAAUGGAAAUUCAUGGAAUCCCUUCGUCGGAACUUCUUCUUCGUCCAUAUAAUCAACAUCCUGGAGUCGAAGACACAAAAAUUAACCGGGAACUACUUUGAGCCAUUGAACGACAACAUGAUUCUCAGACUUCCACUUCCUGCCCCGGAACGAAUGUGGCGGGCAUGCAGUUCCGAAGAGUGGAUGCUUGCGCGUGCACAAACACUAGGACGUCCGAUUUCACCCAAGACCCCUGGAAAUAGUGGCGUAUCGACUCUCCGGACUCUGGGGAAUGCCCUACAGGAAGUCCACGCAGGAAAGGUGGAUGUUGCGGCGUUGUUACCACUUACUCGCAUGAUCCUGGCCAGUGCUAUCAUUUCCCCGCCAGAGACUGCAUCGUUCUAG